GCGUUAUUGUAUCAGAAUAUUUUGUAUCAAACACAACAUUGCUGCGGAACAAUACAAAUUUCAAUACCUAAUGGAUUUACUCUUAUUAAUUAAAAAAUCUUUAAUAGUUCAAUAUAGUCCAUGGAUUUCUGUGUCUAUCCUAACAAUUAUUGUGAUUAACUGGUUUUAUAAAUGUAUAUUAUUUAAAUUUUGGCCACUUAGAAAAUCAUUUGAUAAUCAUGUAAUAGAAAAUAUAAAUAAAGUAGAAGAAAUUGAAAACGAUGAAUGUACACCAGCAUUGGAAGAACAUGAGCAUAUACUAUAUGAAGGAGCUACAAUAAAACUGCCUGGUGGUGCACAACAAUUUUAUGAAAUGGUUGAAAAUAGGCGAAGUGUCCGUGCCUUUAAAUCGCACCCAAUACCUUCCAUACAUUUAAUAAAAACCUGCAUACGAGCAGCGGGAACAUCGCCAAGUGGUGCUCACACUGAACCCUGGACCUUUUGUGUUGUAGCCAAUAGGGACUUAAAACAACGUAUACGUGAGAUAAUCGAAUUCGAAGAAGAACUAAACUAUAAACAACGAAUGAGUCGUCAAUGGACAACAGAUUUACGUCCAUUAAAAACAGAUCAUGUUAAACCCUAUUUAACGGAUGCUCCUUAUCUUAUAGUGAUCUUUAAACAGAUUUAUGGUUUUACAAAGUCGGGCAAACGCAAACAGCAUUAUUACAAUGAAAUUUCCGUGUCUAUAGCAACAGGAAUUCUACUCUGUGCACUACAGGCUUCUGGUCUAAGUUCACUUGUCACAACUCCGUUAAAUUGCGGAUCUUUUUUGAGAGACCUAUUAAAUAGACCAUCCCAUGAAAAAUUACUUGUGCUUUUACCAGUAGGUUACCCAGCAGAUGAUUGUAAAGUGCCAGAUUUGCAUCGAAAGGAUUUAAAUGAUAUUAUGCUAAUGUAUUAAUUAAUAAUUAAAAUAUCACUCUUUACUGUAAAUCAAAAGAAGAGUCCAUAUUUAAUAAUCCAUUGAUGCUAAAUAAAUAUUGUAGUUGUGGCCAUUUGAAAAAUUAUACAAA